CUGUCAUCAUCGUUCGUACAAUGCGAAAAGGGAAGUUGAAAGAAGUGGGAGAGGGACAUCACGGAGCCUUAUGAAAUCAAACGCCACAGGAGCUGAGUGGAUAUCCGACACAUUGUGAAGUGCUGCGGUUCUUUGCCUGGAGAGACACAUAGCUUCCUCCUUUUCGUAGGUAUUUUCUGCAGUUUUCCACAGUACGUCAGCGUGCAGAGUAAGAGACCAGACAGUGUGACAUGGCAAGUAGAGGCGGAGCUACACGACCCAAUGGGCCGAACGCAGGCAACAAGAUCUGCCAGUUCAAACUUGUGCUUUUAGGAGAGUCGGCUGUGGGGAAGUCAAGUCUCGUACUUCGUUUCGUCAAGGGGCAGUUUCAUGAAUUCCAAGAGAGCACAAUUGGAGCUGCCUUCCUGACUCAGACAGUAUGUUUGGACGACACAACAGUCAAGUUUGAAAUCUGGGACACAGCUGGUCAGGAGCGCUACCACAGUCUGGCUCCCAUGUACUACAGAGGUGCCCAGGCAGCCAUUGUGGUGUACGACAUAACAAAUGAGGAGUCAUUUGUGCGGGCGAAGAACUGGGUUAAAGAGCUCCAGAGACAAGCCAGUCCAAACAUUGUAAUAGCUCUGGCUGGGAACAAGGCUGAUCUCGCAAACAAGAGAGCACUGGACUUCCAGGAUGCACAGUCGUACGCAGACGAUAACAGCUUGCUUUUUAUGGAAACAUCAGCAAAGACCUCUAUGAACGUGAACGAGAUCUUCAUGGCCAUCGCAAAGAAGCUUCCCAAGAACGAGCCUCAGGCGGCCGGAGCCGGCAGCGGGCGGAACCGAGGAGUGGACCUGACAGAGACGGCUCAGCCCAGCAGCCGCCCCUGCUGCAGUAACUAACCCGGCUCUUCCUGCUCAUCCUCACCCCACACACACACACACACACACCCACACACCCACACACCCACACACCCACACACCCACACACCCACACACCCACACACCCACACACCCCUUCCCUCCUGCCCCCCCUCCUCCCCCAUCUGAACAUCUGGACAUCGGGCUCCCUGGCUUCCUGACGUCAGACCUCACUCCCCUGGAAUAGCAUAAAGACUCUGUAUAGCUGCAUUUCUAAUACCUUUUUUUUUUGUUUUUUUGUUGAUGUUCUCUUUUUUUCUUUUUCCUUUUUUUUUUAAACUUUUUUUAAGAAGUGUAUAUCAGUAUAAUGGAUGCAUGUAUCACUACAACGCCUAAAAAACAACACAUUUUAUUUCUUCUUCAGUUGAAAGACUAACCCCCCCCCCCCCACACACAUUUAGGAAAGACGAGCAAGAGAAACACCUGUGAACGUGUGAGUGUGUUGUGUGUGAAUUUUUGAAUGAUCUGUGGAUGGGAAGGUGUGGUCCUCAUUUGUCACUUCACAGGGUCGACGAAAAUAAACGACGACUGUCCUGCAAUACAGAAUAAGUGUGCAGGUUGAGUCGUGCUCACAAUCAGGAGAAAACCAAAUUGUCACAGUCUUGAGACGUCAGAUUUUUUUCUGACUGUUGUGGAAGCCGAGAAUCUGUUACACGAGAAGACAUCGUAAUCCGAGGAGUCUGAUGGAAAGUGCUGGAAAAAACUGAACUGUCUGAAAACAUUUGGCAAGGACUGAAAAAUAAAUACACAUCUGGCUUCCCGUUAUGUGCAAACAUCUGUACAUUAUAUCACACAACGAAGUCUUCGAGGGCUGGAAAAACAUGGAGCAGAAUCACCAGGAACUACGAUUUAACGAGAGGCUGCUGAACGAGGAUGUGAACAGGGGUUGGGUGAUUUUCUUUCCAUGUUAACGUUUAAGUAUUCCUUCAUGUCGUGGUAUCAUAAAGUCCGUCACAGAAGCCUCCAGAGGUCAAAAUCUGACACUGAUUCAGAAAAAGAAAACAAACAGCGAACCCUGAAGACUGUUGGAACAACCUGCUCGCAAAGACUGUUAACAUUCGACUCUGACAACUUGUCUUUGUAAAAUUUGCUCUGUUUCUGUUCAGGCCAGUAGUCAGACCGCAGUAAUGUGGGCGACCUUCAUCAGAGUGUGGGAGGCGGGCGGCGGAGGGGGCCGGGCUUGUUUUUAGAAUAGAGUUCAGACGGCACACGACAAGAAACAGAAAAUUGGACUUGUUCCCAUCAUCACCCAAAAAAAAAAAACUCUAAUGUUGUUAUAGGGGUGCAAUGUCGUCUUCUUCCUGGAAAUGAUUUAGAGAUUCUGAACAAUUGUACAGUUCAACAUAGGUCUGCUUAUUUUAUUUUGAUCUCCAUCCUCGUCACAAACUGGUCAGGUGUUAAGAUGGUCUUUUUUUUUUUUUCAGGUCUAUGUAGUGUUAUUAACAGAAUCCCUCUCUGGUGUCUUGUUACUUUGCUCUAAGAAAUGGUCCAUGGUCAUGUUUGAAAGGAACUUUUAUUGCAUUGCACAGUGUUGAUCAUGUUUGAAUUAAUGACUGCCCUUCGAUUUUAUACGACGGACUGUAUUGGACUCUGCUAACCUCCGGCUAUAAGCAGGUAGCAUCAUUAACCUUACAGCUCAAUGAAUUUUAAUGAUGUAAAACAACAUUACUAGUGAUGGGCUGCUGAUCAGUUUUGAGUGUCUGAAUACAACUUAAUAAAUUCAAUAAAGAGG